CUGGUCACACUGUUGUGCAGUGUGCACUCCAGUUUAGACUUUACUUACAAGCUGUAAGUAAGACAAAGUAGUCGUAUUCUGGCUAUUCUAAGAAAUCUCUGCAUAAUAGUAGUAAUAAUUUGUUACAAGUAAAAAAAGAAAAUAACUGAAAAUGGAAGAUAGUACAGCGAAUUCUACUGAUUAUUUUAACCUUAAGAACAUGAAACACAUCGUUGAUGCAUUGGAUAGAAAUCAAAAGGUAUUUCCUAAUAUUCUACAUUGUAUUGGAAACACUCCUCUAGUGAAGCUUUCAAAUAUACCAAAAGAGGAAGGAUUAGAAUGUGACCUUUAUGUGAAGUGUGAAUUUCUAAAUCCUGGUGGAUCUGUAAAGGAUAGAAUUGCCUAUAGAAUGGUGUUAGAUGCUGAGGAAAAGGGAGUUUUAAAACCAGGGAAGUCAGUGAUUAUUGAACCCACUUCAGGAAAUACGGGAAUUGGCUUAGCACUUGCCUCUGCAGUAAGAGGUUACAGAUGUAUAAUAGUACUGCCAGAGAAGAUGUCAGAUGAAAAAGUGAAUACUCUUAUGGCCCUGGGUGCAGAAAUUAUUAGGACUCCUACUGAGGCACCCAGUGAAUCACCGGAAAGUAACAUCAAUGUUGCCAAACGACUUGUUACUGAAAUCCCCGAUGCUGUUCUGCUUGAUCAGUACAACAAUGUGUGCAAUCCCCUGGCUCACUAUGACACAACGGCAGAGGAAAUCCUUUGGUCCUUGGAUGACGAUAUUGACAUGGUUGUUAUAACGACAGGCACUUGCGGUACCGUGUCAGGAGUGGCACAUAAAAUAAAAGAAAGAUGUCCUAAGUGUAUCAUAGUAGGAGUUGAUCCUUACGGCUCUAUUUUGGCCCAGCCAGAAGAACUCAAUACAAGUGAUGUCCAACUGUAUGAGGUGGAAGGUAUCGGUUAUGAUUUCCUACCGCGUGUUCUGGACCGCUCGGUAGUGGACAGAUGGGUCAAAACUGACGACUCAGGGUCCCUGCCAAUGGCCCGAAAACUUAUUCAAAAGGAGGGGCUUCUGUGUGGUGGCAGUAGCGGUGCCGCCGUAUCCGGUGCCGUGCAGGCAGCUAAAACCCUAGGGAGAGGUCAACGUUGUGUAGUCCUGUUGCCCGACAGCAUUCGCAAUUACAUGACCAAGUUCAUCUCCGACCAGUGGAUGGAGGCCCGCGGUUUUCAAGCCACGCCUAGGAAAGAACAUUUGUGGUGGUGGGACAAGCCUAUAAAUGCUGAAAUACUUCAAGAGCCAACAUCGAUAUCAAUCACCACUACGCCCAGCGAAGCUCUUGCGACCUUACGAACGACCGGCAAGGCGCUACUGACCGUCGUAGACGAUAAAGGGUCGAUACGAGGCGUUUUCACCGCAGACGAUGCUCGACGAAGACUGGCCAAUUUCGCAGGUUCCCCUGCAGAAGAACUGGCAAAGUUUAUCGUGAAGAAGUAUUAUAAAGUCAACUUGAGUGACGAGCCGUCGCUGGGCUCCAUCUCGAGACUCCUCGACAUUUCUCCGUAUGUCGUUGUCGUGAAGACAGAAAGUACUAUUGAACGAGCGGUGGGAGUGGUGACUUCAGAGGAUAUCCUUCGUUUUAUAGCAAUUGAUGGGAAGCAGAUUAUAAUGGAAACUAGAACAUGACAAAAUUAUUAUAUUUUAACAACAGAUGGAUGACCUGAAAAUAAUAAAUAACUAAUUACUGAAAAUUAAUAUGCUUCAUUACUGAAAGGUCAACAGUAGACUUCUACCGAUCACUACCUCUUUAUACAAAGGUAGAUGUUAUAAACCAGUGUAGUAAAACAUUAUAUGAAGAAACUGUUAUUUCCUGUAUAAUGUUGCAUUUAAUGACAAUAUUGAAUUUCAUUAUUUAAAAAAAAAUUAUUUUAUUUUAUGAAAUAAAUAUAUCUGACUAUU